CCUCGUUUCAGAUCCGGUUUCGCUUAUAAAAUACAAAGCAUACUGACAAAUUACGUUUCUUUCAAUUUACUUUGCUGAGAGUUAUAGUGUUUGUGGUACUAUGGAAUAAAUAAUAACAUCUUUGUUUAGCUCAUUAAACUUUAAUCUAAAUGUGAGUAGUUUGAUUUUGAUAACACUACUUUUAUGGAGUAUUGAAAUUGAAUUCACAUUUCAACAGACGUAACCUGCUUUCAAGUGACAUAGAAGCUCACUACAACAACGCUAAGGAGCAUGGGAAUCUUAAUUUAUUUGAUGUGCAGUCUAUGGAUCACGGCCACUUAUCAAAGGGACAUAAAUAUCUACAUGUGCCAAGGGUAUGGUUGGUUACAUUAUGCUGGACAGUGCUACAACCUACAAAUGACAGUAAAAAAAUCAUGGGAAGAAGCACAAACAUUUUGUUCUAAUAUUGGCGCCAACCUCGUCAGUCUUACAUCCAGAGAUGAAGUUGACUUCUUAAACGAACAGGGUAUAGAAAAUGUAUGGAUUGGUUUAUAUAAAACUGGGACGAAUGAAACAUGGAAGUGGGUAGAUAAGUCAGACGUGAAUCUCAAACUAUGGGACGUUGGUCAGCCUGGAAGUAUUGGAGAAGAUUGUGGAGUCGCUUAUUCAUUUGACAAGUGGCAUGAUUACCCCUGCUUUCAUCGUAAAUCAUUUGUGUGCAAGAAGACGGCCACAACAAAUCAUAUUGUCCAGUCUACGACAUAUAUGAGUCGUGUAACUACAAACACGAGGGCUGUGACAGCACCACGAAGUGAACUACCAACUUCAACAAAAACAUCAACCGCAACACUACCCAGUCCGACAACUACCACUAAGACAUCAGUCGCAACUCUACCCAGUCCAACAACUACCACCAAGACAUCAAAAGCAACACUACCAAGUCCAGCAUAUACAAGCAUAAGUCAAUCAGAAUGCCCAGGGUUAGACUGGUUAAAAUAUGGCGGAAAGUGCUACAACCUACAAACUUCUAAUAAAACAUGGCAAGAAGCACAAACAUUUUGUUCUAAUUUUAACGCCAACCUUGUCAGUCUCACUUCGAAAGAUGAAAUUGAUUUCUUAAAUAAACAAGGCAUAAAAUAUGUGUGGAUUGGUUUACACAAAUCUGGGACGAACGAUACGUGGAAGUGGGUUGAUAAGUCAGACGUGAAUCUCAAACUAUGGGACGUUGGACAGCCUGGAAGUAUUGGAGAAGACUGUGGAGUCGCUUAUUCAUUUGACAAGUGGCAUGAUUACCCCUGCUUUCAUCGUAAAUCAUUUGUGUGCAAGAAGACGGCCACAACAAAUCCUAUUGUCCGGUCUACGACAUCUCUUAGUUCUGCAACUACAAACACGAGAACUGUGACAACACCACGAAGUGAACUAGAAACUACAACUAAGACAUCAAUCGCAACACUACCCAGUCCAACAACUACCAUAAAGACAACAACAGCAACAAAACCAAGUACAGUAACUACUACUAAGACAUCAAUUGCAGCACAACCAAGGACAACAACUACUACUAAGACAUCAACCUCAACAAAACCAAGUACAGCAACUACUACUAAGACAACAACCUCAAUACUACCAAGUACAGCUACUACAAUUAAGUCAUCAACCUCAAAACUACCAAGUACAGCAACUACUACUAAGACAUCAACCUCAAUACUACCAAGUACAGCUACUACCAUUAAAUCAUCAACCUCAACACUACCAAGUACAGCAACGACUACUAAGAUAUCAAUCGCAGCACUACCAAGUACAACAACUACCACUAAGACAUCAAUUGCAGCACAACCAAGUACAGCAACUAAUACUAAGACAUCAACCUCAACACUAACAAGUACAGCAACUACCAUUAAGUCAUCAAUUGCAGCACAACCAAAUACAGCAACUACUACUAAGACAUCAACCUCAACACUACCAAGUACAGCAACUACCAUUAAGUCAUCAACCUCAACACUAUCAAGUACAACAACUACAUCACCAAGACCAGCUACAAACAUAAGCACUAUGACAACACCAUCCAUUCAAGCAGCAGCUGAUUUAUGUCCAAGCGCGGAUUGGGUUUAUUUUGCUGGCAGCUGCUACUACUUCGACGCGACAGAAAGAACUUGGAGAAAAUCUCAGAAAAUUUGCUCAAGGUUUGGGGCGAACCUCGUCAUCUUAGACUCACAAGAAGAGAUUGAUUUUCUUAACAGUAAGGGUUUUGGUUAUCUAUGGAUAGGUUUACAUAAACCCAAGUUUAGCGAUCGUUGGCAGUGGGUUGAUCAGUCAGCGAUGAAACUUGUCCGUUGGGAUUUCGACCAGCCUGGGAGAACGGGCGAAGACUGUGGCGUAGCUUAUUCAUUUGAUAAAUGGCACGACUAUUCCUGCCAGGCAGAGAAAAAAAUGCUUUGCGAAAAAGUUGUCUCUGCAGUCCCUAUUGAACAGAUUCCAGAUGUAGACGUUGGUGUUCCGACUAGCAAUGACGUAGCUGGAACUACCAACAACCACUUAUGCCCAAGCACGUAUUGGUUUUACUUUGCUGGCAGCUGCUAUUAUAAGGACGAGAAUAAGAGAACGUGGCAGGAAUCUCAGGAUAUUUGCUCGAGUUUCAGGGCGGACCUCGUCAUAUUAAACACACAAGAAGAGAUAAACUUUCUGAACCGUCAGGGUCUGAGUUAUGUGUGGAUAGGUUUAUAUUUACAGACAUAUAACGACUCAUGGAUGUGGGUUGAUAAGACUGCCAUGAAUCUCACACGAUGGGACGUUGAUCAGCCUGGUAGAAGUGGAGAAGAUUGUGUUGUUGCUCACACGUUUGAUAACUGGCACGAUUACAGCUGCUCAACAAAGAUGAACUUUGUGUGUGAGAGAGUUGUCUCCCCUGAUAGCCAGGCUACAUAUGUUGGCCUUGGUAUCCCCACCGGUAGAGACGUAGUAACAACCAUAAACGACCGUAGGUUUUCACAUUAA